AUGGAAUCCUUAAACCUGAACACGCUCGCCAACUCGCUGCCAACGGCCCAGCAGAACGCGGAGAAAGAGCUCCUGAACGAUUUUAAAGCUGCUGCUUUGAGCAUAACAACACUAUAUCGCUCCUCAAGAAAGACAUCCAAGCGCGCAUACAACGCAGGGUAUCUAGCAGCAUGCCAGGAUCUGCUCAAUUUUAUCCAGCAAGGCGUCUCCACCAGCGACGUCGGCCAAGCACCUUCUGGCUCGACUGCUGUUGAGGGUGGUGGCCUGACGAUAGGAAGGGUUAUGGAUUGGACAGAAGCAAGAUUAGAGGCAAUCAAAGCCCGGGAAGAGGAGGAGGAUGAGGAAGAAGAGAAGGAACGUGCCCAGCCCCGCUCAGGACCCCCUGUGGCCGCCCAUGUUGCGCCGAAGUCGGAGGGUAAGAAGGCCGUUCCAGCAGCCUCAGUUCAACGGUCUAAGGAAUCGGGGCUAUCACUACCGACGCCGAGCUCGCCUGUGACCCACCCGAGUUCCCAUCCACCACCUCCGGAGCCCUCAUCACCCUCGCCACCCGCAUCCAGCUCCUCGACAUGUGCUGCACGACCUGCCAAGUCACGACAUACGCCGCCUGCCCGAGAAGCCUUCCAGCCAUCACUCCAAUCAAGCAACCUGCCACCGUCGCCCUUCCUCUCCGAGCCCUUUCCAACUGCUGCUGCACCGUUCAGCGCUGAGGCACCAAUCAACAUCGGUGCGGGCGCCAAACGGCGGCACGCUAUGAUGAUGAUGAUCGAAUCGGCAGCGCCUGUCAAUAUCGGCGGCCCUUCGAGCACCGUGUCGAGCCCUGGAGGCACGCUGGGCGCGUCCUGUGGCAUAGCGGGUUCGAGCCUGGGUAGGCGCCGCACGCGUAGCUCGCGAAACAUCGCGCAAUUGCAGAACCAGAACAUCAACCUGGGCUCAGAGGCGAUGGACGUGGAGGAAGAUGGGCGGGAGCGGAAACGCGUUGCGAGGCGUUGA